CCACUGAAGGAGCUACUGGGAAUAUUGGACUUAUUCUCCUCAGCAGCAGGGACACUGAGAGGAUUGUGUGAGGUGUCUGAGCUGAGGACUGAAGUGGAGAAGACGAGGAUGAUUCCUCUGCAGACACCAAACAUCAUCUAGACAAAGACUUUCACUCUCCAACAAGCCUUCUGAUGGAACUUAAACCAAAGUGUCCAACGUGUUCACUGACUCCCUUUAUCACCAUGAUCUGGAGCAAUGAUCAGACCUCUGUGGAAUCUAAACACCUUGUCCGAUGCUUUCCUUAACGGCAAACCCAGUUUCGGAUGCAUGUCCGUUUCCUACCUGGAAAUAGCCAGCUUUAAAAAAAAUAACAUUUCACUAUCUUUAUAACAGAAAUAGUCCCUGAUGAUCACAAGGGAAUAUGCCACUCUGCUUCUGGUGGGCUCCUGUUUCCUGUUGGACUACAGCUCUCAAAUCCCCGUGCAGCCUCUGCUCCAGGGCCGGACCAAGGCUGGAGCGUUGUCGGCCGGGCCUGGAGGUCGGAGUCGGAGCGUCGGAGCAUCUCUGGGCGCCGGGACGUCAGUAGAAGGCAGGACGAGGCUCAGGAGACAUGGACGAUCAAGGGCCCAGCGGAUUAAAAGAGGAUGGGUGUGGAACCAGUUCUUCGUGCUGGAGGAGUACAUGGGAUCUGAACCUCAGUAUGUUGGAAAGCUCCACACAGACAUGGACCACGGAGACAGUGCUGUCAAAUACACUCUGACAGGAGAAGGAGCCGGCUCCAUCUUCACCAUCGAUCAGAUAACUGGAGAUAUACAUGCACUAGUGGGGCUCGACAGGGAGGAGAAGUCCUACUACACGCUGAAGGCCCAGGCUGUGGACAUCCACUCGGGCGUCCCUCUGGAACCACAGUCUGAGUUCAUCAUCAAGGUUCAGGACAUCAACGACAACGAGCCGAGGUUUCCUGACGGUCCCUACAGUGCCAGCGUCCCCGAGAUGUCUCCAACAGGAACCUAUGUGACUCAGGUGACUGCCACAGAUGCAGACGACCCCACAUACGGCAACAGCGCUCGGAUCGUCUACAGCAUCCUGCACGGCCAGCCGUACUUCUCUGUGGACCCAAAGACAGGAGUGAUCAGGACGGCUCUGGCCAACAUGGACCGCGAGGUGAAAGGGGAGUACCAGGUCCUUCUCCAGGCCAAGGACAUGGGGGGCCAGCUGGGAGGGCUGGCCUCCACCACCACCAUCAACAUCACGCUCAGCGACGUCAACGACAACCCGCCGCGCUUCGCAAAGAGUAUUUUCCACCUGCGGGUGCCAGAGUCGGCGUUAGUCGGGUCAGCGGUUGGUCGGAUUCGAGCCCACGACCUGGAUUCGGGCAGCAAUGCGCAGGUGGAUUACGCCAUCGUUCCAGGAGACGAAGGCAACAUGUUUGACAUCAUCUCUGAUGGCCGAAGUCAAGAAGGAGUCGUACUCUUGAGAAAGAAUCUUGACUAUGAGACCAAAAAGACCUACACCUUCAAGGUCGAGGCAUCCAACGCACAGCUGGACUCCCGUUUCCUCCACCUGGGGCCCUUCAAGGACUCAGCCACAGUCAGGGUGAACGUCCUGGACAUAAACGAGCCUCCUGUGUUCACCAAGCCCUCCUACUCUAUGGACGUGUACGAGGACACUCCUCCGGGAACCAUCAUUGGCUCUGUGACAGCUCAGGACCUGGAUGCGAGCAGCAGUGCUGUCAGGUAUUCCUUGGAGUGGCAUACAGAGUCUGACAGCUGCUUUGACAUUGACACUGUCGAAGGAACCAUUUCCACUAAUGAAUACCUGGACAGAGAGACGGCUGUCCAGCAUAACAUCACUGUGGUGGCAACCAAAGUCAAUAACCCUCUGCUGUCGGCUAAAGUGGCGGUGACGGUCAGCGUCCUGGAUGUGAACGAGUUUGCCCCUGAGCUGGCGGUCCCUUCAGAUAUCUUUGUCUGUGAAAACUCCAGAAUGGGACAGGUGGUGCAGGUGGUCAGCGCUGUGGACAAGGACCUUCCUCCUGUCGGACAGAGGUUCUUCUUCAAGUCCCCCAAAGAUCUCCGCAACAGAAACUUCACUGUGCGAGAUUUCGGAAACAACACCGCUGGCAUUGUGACUCGCCGUGCUGGCUUCCAGCGGCGGCUGCAGGAUGUCUACGUUCUUCCUGUUGUGGUUGAAGACAGCGGUUACCCGGCCCAGAGCAGCACAGCCACCCUCACAAUUCGAGUGUGUUCGUGCGAGGCAGGAGGCUCGCUGCUGACCUGCUCAGCAGAGGCCAUCUUCCUGCCUGUGGGCCUCAGCACUGGAGCUCUGAUGGCUAUUCUUCUAUGUGUGGCUCUGCUUAUUGUCAUGGCAGCAUUAUACAUGGGACAGAGGCGCCACAAGGAAAAAGACACUCUGAUGACAUCAAAAGAGGACAUUCGUGAUAAUGUCAUACACUAUGACGAUGAGGGCGGCGGUGAGGCAGACACUCAUGCCUUCGACAUGGGCACGCUGCGCAACACACACUCACAGCGCACCAGCACUCACAGCAGCAACUCCAGGAAGGAGAAAAGUGGCUACGGAGACGGGGUUCUCCUGCAUCUCAGCAGCCGCUCCGACGAGGUCAGGUCUCCUGACAUUCACCGUCAAACAGCCAGUGUCAUCUCUGCCGUGAACAACAAGGCACCGCUCUCUUCCCGUGGCAAAGUGAAUGAGGGGGAUGCUGAAUUGAUCAGGGAGUUCAUCGCACAGCGGCUGGAGGAGAACCAGCAGGGUUACGGCGGCCCGCCCUAUGACUCACUGGCAACCUACGCCUAUGAGGGUGACGGCUCGGUGGCCGGCUCGCUCAGCUCCAUAGAGGAGCCCUGGGUAAUUGACAAUACGGGGGAUUUCAGCUCCCUUGGUGACUGGGGACAGCCGUUUAAAAUGCUGGCUAGCAUCCUGGACAAACAGCCACCCGCUCUGUCUGAGGAGAGCUGAGAGGAAGCUGGACAGCAUGCAGACUGUGAGAGGCUAUGUGGGAAUUAGCUUACUUUUCUAGACAUGUUUUUUUUACUGUGACAGGCACUGGAUAGAAUACAAUGAGAACUUUCUAGAAAGCUGUCCAUGUGAAGUAGAGUUGUGGGCUGGAUAGCUAGAGAGCAGAUAAUCCAGCUACAGGUGCGUGAAAAGAGAAACAUGAUAGCUCCUCAAAGUGCCUGAGGUACUUUAUGUUUACAUGUAUUUUAAUUUAUGUUACUUAAUAAAAAA